AUGGAGCCGAUAAGAUUAUGUUGGGCGACAGUGUCCACUUGGAUUGUGAAACAGCAUCACAGAAAGUGUACACGUACAGCCUGCGGCACGCUGAUUCCAAUGUCACCGUGGAACAAAGUCAGUCCAAGUUUAAAUUAAAUAAUGUCCAAAGAAACAUGAGUGGCACAUACACCUGUAGAUACUGUGGUGCGGAGGAAUGUUCAGAGGAUAGUGAAGAAGAGUAUGUGUAUGUCUGGGAGAGCUACCCUGCUCCAUCCAUAACUGUCACUCCUCGAAGAAUUGUUCUACCAGGCAGCAACAUCACAAUAACGUGCAGCACCCCUUAUUCCAACAUAAUCCUCUCUCUAUAUAAAUACAAUGGCUUAAUUACGGAAUUAGUUAAAGAGGAAAAUUCAAUUACUUAUCAUAUAACAAAUGCAUCAAACCAACACAUAGGACAGUAUUUUUGUAAGUUCAAAACUAAGCCUGGGGGCGCAGUACAAAUGAAAUCUUCAGAAAGCAAUCCAAUGAUGAUACGUGUUGAGGACAUUGAAAAACCUUCUAUCACUUGUGAACCCCAACCCAAAGAGAAUGGGAAGAUUAGAAUCUAUUGUGCCGCAUCCAACAAGGGGAAAUAUAUGUGGUUUCAACUACUCAACGAUAACCAUGGCAUUGAAAAUGAAACUGAAGGGAUAAAAAAUAAUGUGACAUUCCUCAUUGAGCAAUCAACCCGGCCCAAGAAGUCCAUCUGCAUGUAUCGCAUACGCCUGGGCGAUGACUUUGCAGAUUCCAGAUACAGCAACUUGCAGAUCAUACCCGAGGUGCAAGAGAGUCCUGUCAUCAGUAAGAAGUCUGAUCCCAAACAUACAGAUAUCGUAUUAGUUACAUGCAAAGCCCCAAAGUGGCACGCGGGAAUGUCGUUUCAGCUUUUAAACAAAGACAAAGAAAUUCAGGAGGAAAAAGCAGGCAGGGAUUCCGAUAGGAUGAUCUUCUCAAUCAAUAAGACUGAAAAUACAAAUAUUAACUUUAUAUGCAUUUAUCAAGUAAGGAUGGAGUGCGGCCUUGUACCUUCUGCCUACAGUAUAAUGAUAGAUUUAAAUGCACAAGACUAUUCAUUGGGAAAUAUCAUCCGACUGUGUGUGUGUAUAGUUGUUGUUACUGUCAGUGCAAUCCUGAUAAAAAAAGGCUUCUUCCAACAAACACAUGGAGAAAACGAACUAAUGGAUCAAAACAGAGUUGUAGAAGGAGACUACCAAGCAUUACAACAACAACAACAAGUAGAAGGAGAGUACCAAGCAGUACAACAACAACAAGUACAAGGAGACUACCAAGCAGUACAAAGAGAACAAGUAGGAGAAGACUACCAAGUAAUACAACAAGAACGCCCACCCGAACUGCCCAGAUACAGCGUCAAAUAUGUUUCAAAAACUGGAGAGACAGAGUUGGUCUAACCCGGCACAGAAGGGAAGGCUACACUCAUUCAUUACUGGGAUUAACUAGUACAGGUAUGGGACCUGUUAUCCAAAACGCUCAGGACCUGGGGUUUUCUGGAUAAGG